ACCAAAUUCUCUCUACUUUCCUUUUCUCUCCAUUCUCACUCGCUCAUUAUUCACAGGAAUUUUGUACAUAAAAUAAAUAAAUAAAUGAAAAAAAUCAAAUCCUCACCGCAUUUAGAUAACUGAACCAGCUCCUAACUUCAUCUUCUCUCCAUAUCCAUCCCGCAUCUCUCCGUUUCUCUCUCGCUCUGACUCUCUCUACGAGCAGCAGAAGAGAAGAGAAAUGAAUCCCUAACGAUUAAUUCUAUUUCCGUCUCCUUGCGUUCACUUCCAUUUCCUAUCAAGGUUAGAUUUUCAAGAAUUGAUUGAAGAAAGUAAAAGAAGAAAAAAAAAACAAUGGCUUUAGGAAAAUAUACGAGGAUCGACACUAGAAGGCAAUCAACAAAUUACUGCUCAACAGUGACAAUUGUUGUCUUUGUCGCACUCUGCUUGGUUGGGGUAUGGAUGAUGACAUCUUCAUCUGUGGUUCCUGGUCAAAGUGUAGAUGUGCCUGCCCAGGAGAACAAGCACGACGUGAAGGAGCCACUGCCUGAGAGCAAGGCAAGCAAUCCUAAGCAAUUUGAGGAUAGCCCUGGUGAUUUACCUGAAGAUGCAACUAAAGGGGACACCAAUGUUAGUCAAACUCGGGGAGAAGACAACUCUAAUACACAGGAAAAUCAAGAGGUGAAGGUGGGAGAGAAGCAAGAAGAGAAAUCUGAGGAAAAGCAAGAUGAAGGAAAUAAGUCUGACGAUGUCUCAAAUAAUGAGAAGCAAAAUGGAGAGAAUAAUACGGAAGAUGGAGAUUCUAAAACCCCAGAUGGGGAAACAAACACAGAUUCUGGAGACACAAAAACUAAUGAUGGUGAAAAUAAUGGCACUGGACAAGGAGAUUCUGAGGAGAACUCCAAAGAGAACAAAUCUGAAUUAGAUGAGACUGAGAAGAAUCCGGCUACUGAUGAGACUGAGAUGAAAUCAGAUGAGAACUCUGGUGGAACAGAGAAGAAAUCCGAUACAGAUGAUACAGAGACAAAACCAGAUGAGAAUUCUGGUGAUAUGGAGGAGGAGAAAACAGAGAAUCAGACGAAUGAGAAGGUGGAUGUAAAAGAUAACAAGGAGUCAGAGAAAACCUCUGAUGAGCAGGCCAACAACCAAAGUGGUGGUGAGGUAUUUCCUUCAGGGGCUCAGUCAGAGAUUUUGAAUGAAACUGCUACUCAGAGUGGGUCAUGGUCAACUCAGGCAGCAGAGUCGAAAAAUGAGAAAGAAGCUCAACUAUCUUCUAAUCAUCUAGACACGUAUAAUUGGAAAACGUGCAAUGUCACUGCUGGUCCUGAUUACAUCCCAUGUCUUGACAAUUGGCAAGCAAUUAGGAGACUUCGAAGUACUAAGCACUAUGAACAUCGUGAAAGGCAUUGUCCGCAAGAACCUCCGACUUGCCUCGUUCCACUUCCUGAAGGAUACAAACGCCCAAUUGAAUGGCCCAAAAGCAGGGAGAAGAUAUGGUACAAUAAUGUUCCCCACACCAAACUUGCGGAAGUUAAAGGGCAUCAAAACUGGGUGAAAGUUACUGGUGAAUACCUCACUUUCCCUGGUGGUGGAACCCAGUUUAAGCAUGGUGCUCUACAUUACAUUGACUUCAUAAAUGAGUCUGUGCCUGAUAUUGCAUGGGGAAAACGCACCCGUGUGAUAUUGGAUGUUGGAUGUGGUGUUGCUAGCUUUGGAGGCUUUCUCUUUGAUAGGGAUGUUAUCACAAUGUCAUUUGCCCCUAAAGAUGAACAUGAGGCCCAAGUGCAAUUUGCUUUGGAAAGAGGAAUCCCUGCUAUAUCUGCUGUGAUGGGAACACAGAGACUUCCUUUUCCAGGCAGAGUCUUUGAUAUUGUCCACUGUGCUCGAUGCAGAGUCCCAUGGCACAUUGAAGGCGGCAAACUUCUUUUGGAGUUGAAUCGAGUGCUGCGACCUGGCGGUUUCUUUGUGUGGUCUGCUACUCCUGUUUAUCAGAAGAAGGUUGCUGAAGAUGUUGAAAUUUGGAAAGCUAUGACGGAGCUAACCAAAGCAUUGUGCUGGGAGCUUGUGUCCAUUAACAAGGAUACAUUAAAUGGUGUGGGUAUAGCUACCUACAGGAAGCCUACUUCCAAUGACUGCUAUGAAAAAAGAUCUCAACAAGAGCCUCCAUUGUGCGAAACAUCUGAUGACCCUAUGGCUGCCUGGAAUGUGCCGCUGCAAGCAUGUAUACACAAGGUUCCAGCAGAUUCAGCAGAACGUGGAUCUCAAUGGCCUGAGCAAUGGCCAGUGAGGUUGGAGAAAACACCUUAUUGGAUGUUGAGUUCCAAGGCUGGAGUUUAUGGUAAACCAGAACCAGAGGAUUUCACUGCUGACUCUGAGCACUGGAAGCGGGUGGUAUCUAAGUCUUAUCUGAAUGGAAUGGGAAUAAAAUGGUCUUCUGUGAGAAAUGUCAUGGACAUGAGAGCUAUCUAUGGAGGGUUUGCUGCAGCUCUGAAGGAUAUAAAUGUGUGGGUCAUGAAUGUGGUCCCAAUAGACUCCCCAGAUACUCUACCUAUAAUUUAUGAACGUGGUCUUUUUGGCAUUUAUCAUGACUGGUGUGAAUCAUUUAGCACCUAUCCUAGAUCUUAUGAUCUUCUCCAUGCAGAUCAUCUCUUCUCAAAGGUUAAAAAGAGGUGCAAUCUAGUGGCUGUAGUUGUGGAGGUUGAUCGGAUACUUAGACCAGAAGGAAAGCUGAUUGUCCGUGACAAUGUUGAGACUAUUAGUGAGCUGGAGAACAUAGUGAGAUCUAUGCAUUGGGAGGUCCGAAUGACCUACUCGAAGGACAAGGAGGGAUUGCUUUACGUUGAGAAGUCCAUUUGGCGACCCAAAGAGGUGGAGACAAUCACAUACGCCAUUGCUUAAGAGCAUGAUUUGUGCCAUAGCCCCUUUCAUUAUCAAGGCGGUGUUGUUGGUGAGAGUAGCUAAUUCUUUUUGUUCUUGUUGCUAAUUGCAAUGCUGAGCAACUGUUAUCUCCUAGUUAGCUGAUGUACUAUGUCAAUUACAAUUAGGGCCUUCCUCUUAAUUUUUGUUUUUUUAUUUUUGCACACACUCGAUUUCAUCCAUCCCAAGAUUGGAGCCGUAGAUUCCUCCAUUCUUGAAGUGUAAAGUCGGCCAUCAGAAAAUGGACCGACAUCAGAAUUUGAAAAUUUGUCAUAGGAUGAUGAUUUGUGUUGCUGAGAUGGUUUUAUUGUAUUCCCAUGAACAAUGCUUUUAUACUACAUUCAAGAUUUUGUUAAUUUUUUA